AAAGCACAGCCAGUAACGAGCCUUUCGUCAACUCUCAUUCUUCUUCGCCGUCCCUUGUCCUUUCUCUUUGUCACUCACCAUUCUCAUCUCUUUUCACAACUCUCGCGCUUUUAAUCUUUUUAUUAUUAUAAUUAUUAUUAUUAUUAUUUUCACCUCAUUUUCUUGGUGCUUGUUGAACUAAAAAUAUAUUAAUCCCCAUCCACUUCCAGUACAAUGCUUUUCUAGGUCUAAUUAUUUAACUGCUCUGCCCAUAUCUCAGUAGCUUCAAUUACUUGGGGUCUCAGCUUGAUUAGGGUUUGUUUGGCUUAGAGCUAUGGUGAGAAAACAUGGAUGGCAAUUACCAGCUCAUACAUUUCAGGUUGUCGCCAUUACAGUAUAUUGCCUGUUGGUUGUUGCAUUCUAUGCAUUUUUUGCUCCUUUUCUUGGAGGCCGGAUCUGGGAAUAUAGUUUGAUUGGCACGUAUUCUGCAGUGGCACUGCUUGUUUUCGUUCUGUAUGUUCGUAGUACUGCAAUUAAUCCUGCAGAUCCUGGUAUUAUGUUUAAGUUUGACUCAAAGAUAGUAAAUCAGUAUGAUCAGAAACAUGGUUUGUUGGCUAAGGAUCAGGCAAAAAAUUAUGAUGAACAUAGUGCCGGGGGACAUUCUUCUGUAUCAUCAGCUUCAAUCAGUUCAUUACCUGUACCAAACUCCUCCCGAAAAGGUUCAGUUGGAGGAAGUGGUAGAACUGGUACACAGGUGGAAAUUCGGAAAACAUUUUGCAGUUUUGGAUGGAUAUUCUGUGCCUUGUUUGUUUAUGAAGAUUGUCGAAAAGAGGAGGGCACAGCUGAGCAGGAUGGCACAGCUGAGGAAGCAUUGUUCUGCACAUUAUGCAAUUCUGAGGUCCGCAAGUUUAGCAAACAUUGUAGAAGUUGUGACAAAUGUGUCGAUGGGUUUGAUCAUCAUUGCCGGUGGCUUAACAACUGUGUUGGCCGGAAAAAUUAUCUGACUUUUAUAUCUCUUAUGGCCACAAGUGUCCUUUGGCUCCUUAUAGAGGCUGGAGUCGGUAUUGCUGUUUUAGUGCGUUGCUUUGUCAGUAAGCAUAGCAUGGAGGCCGAGAUAGUUGAUAGAUUAGGAAAUGGUUUCUCUCGUGCUCCAUUUGCAGCCGUUGUGGCUGUAUGUACAGCAGUUUCUUUGCUAGCAUGUGUACCCUUGGGUGAACUUUUCUUUUUCCACAUGAUACUAAUUAGGAAGGGUAUAACAACCUAUGAGUAUGUUGUUGCUAUGAGGGCAAUGAGUGAGGCCCCUGCUGGAGCAUCUGUAGACGAGGAUUUGCCUAAUGUAUUAUAUUCCCCAUCUGGAUCUGCUACAACUGGUUACAGUGGUGGGAGUUCUAUUGGUCUACAAUACAAAGGAGCAUGGUGCACUCCUCCUAGAGUUUUCGUUGAUUAUCAGGAAGAAGUUGCACCUCAGUUAGAACCUGGAGUGUUACCGUCAACAGUUGAUCCUGAUGCAGUUGGAUUUGCAGAAAGGGGCAACAAAAUGCCCAAAAGGCCUGUUCGGAUCAGUGCUUGGAAGCUUGCAAAGUUAGAUUCAAAUGAGGCUGCGAGAGUAGCAGCAAAAGCUAGGGCAUCUUCUUCUAUUCUACGUCCUGUGGAUAACCGUCGCAUUCCUGAUGUUGAAAUGAGCUCUAGCGGAAACAUGAGCGUCAGAAGUAGUUUGAGUGCUGAUACCGGAGCGAACAGAGAUUUAAAAAAUGAAAUGGGAAUAUCUUCUAUGAGAAACUCUUUUGCUCCAAGCCAGGGGAGCAGAGAUGAAUACGAAACAGGCACGCAGAGUGCAAGUAGCUUCAGUAGUCCAGGUCAUGUUCAUGAGUCUGUCACCUUAAGUCCUCUCCCACAUGCACAUGGGUUGACCCAGAUCAAAGCAUCUAAUCCUGUUUCUGGCCUAUUCCAAAAUCAGUCCAUAGUUCCAAAGGCAACUUUCCCUACAAACAAGAAUCCAGUAAUGCACACUUCCUCUGGAUUUGAUGAUAUGGUACAAAAGGGUGCCAGUGCUGAUCAUGUUAUACAGUCUGCCCCAGGUCAAGCUCAAUCAAGUUCUCUUUUUAGAGAUGUUAAAAAGACCUCUGUUGUGUGGGACCAAGAAGCUGGAAGAUAUGUGUCAGUUCCUGUAUCUGCUUCAGAAACUCGACCAAAAUCAUCCAUGCAGAUAGGAUUAGCAAACUCCAAUGCAGGAAAUAAUGAUAGAAGGUCAGCUGCUUUUCCAUCUCGAGAGCCUUCUCAAGUAGAGCAAGGAGAGAAGCUAAUGUACACGGGAGAAUCUAUUUUCUUUGGGGGGCCGCUAUUUAGCCAGCCUAGUAAAGAUGGUUUAAGAAAUGAGAGGGGUUCAGGCUCACGAGAUGGCCAGGAUAGGUUACCAUGGAAUCUACCUCGGGAUUCAAGAUUUAAAAGGGAUGCUACGUCAAACCAGCUUCCUGUCUUUAUCCCUGGCGGCUUUGAGCAGAGUACCCCAUCUAAAUCAGGUCCCUCGUAGUUACUUGCAUUUGGUAGUUAUUAAUAUAGCAGUAUAACUUGAAAUGUACUCUUUUUGAGGUGUUGUAUGAGCAGCAGGGCUAAGCAACUUCAUAUUUGAGCUGCUUUCGACCCCUCAGGAACCUCACUGUCAGAAAGAGCUACUAGCACUUUCCAAAUUGACUGAGGUUCCUAUGGGUUCUUCUAGACCAGAUGUAUGGUAUCUGUGUAUAUUUGAGACACUUUCCUCACUCAGUUGUAGCUGUAAGAGUUUAGCAAGCAAGUUUUUUAAUCUGUUUUGUACAACUAAGCUUCCACUAAAGUGCUGAAAAUAUUGCAAGCUAGCCAGGGGCAAAGCUUCUUAUA